AUGCCGAAACCACAAUAUAAGCAACAAUUUCGGGAUUCUUGGCUUCAAGACCCACAUUUAAAAGAUUGGCUACAAGCUAUUGAAAGUACCACGGGUCGAGUAGCAAAAUGUAAAUUUUGUGGUACAACUUUAAGGAGUCACUACGGAGACUUAAAGACUCAUGGGAUGUCAAAGAAGCAUCUACAAAAUAAGAAGCUUAUAAUUACUCAGCCCAAAAUCCCAUUCAAGACAGAGCCCAUUGAAAGUAAAAAAAAGGACGAAGCCAGACUCGCACUAUUCACCGCCAUGCAUACUAGCAUACGUGUCAUAGACCAUUUAGGAGAGGUUAUUAAUCACAGUCAUGAAAAAGAUAUUAAAAAAGUUCAACUGCACCGAACUAAAUGCGCCUCGAUUAUAAAAAAUGUGUUAGCAUUACAUUUCACUGAGGUCCUCAAACAAGAUCUUAAAGAUCAACCAUUUAGCUUAUUAAUUGAUGAAUCCACAGAUAUUGCUGUGCAGAAAUACUUAGGUUUAAUUGUAAUUUAUUUUAGUGAAUUAUACCAAAAAUUCGUUUCCACGUAUCUAGACCUUGCUGAACUGCAUGAGUUUAAUGCUGAAGGUAUUGUUUCUGCUAUAAAGAAGACGCUAAAACGAUUCGAUCUCCGAUUGGAAAAUUUAAUGGGACUUGGUACAGAUAACGCUUCUGUGACGGUUGGAGUAAAUAAUGGAGUCUAUAUCAAAUUGAAGGAAGAGAUACCACAUCUGAUUUUGGUGCGUUGCUUGUGUCAUUCCUUGCAAUUGGCUGUUUCUGCUGCAGCAAAAGAAUUUUUGCCGAGAAAUUUGGAAUUUAUAAUUAGAGAGACAUAUGAUUGGUUUAGCCGCUCGACAUCCAGACAGUUGCUGUAUAAAGAAUUAUACAAAACCAUUAACGACGGUCAGAAACCGUUAAAAAUUGUUCAAGCAUGCCAAACGAGGUGGUUGUCAAUUGAAUCUGCUGUAUCAAGAGUAUACACGCAAUGGCUCGAGUUAAAAACUCAUUUUGCAAUAGCUAAGGUGCACGAAAGAUGUCACACGGCCGAGUUAUUGCACUCUUUAUAUGCGAAUGAGAUGAACUACGCAUAUAUUUCUUUUUUAUAUCCAAUAUUAAUUGAGAUAAACAGAGUUAAUAAAAUGUUCGAGUCAAAAGAUACGGACCAUAUCAAAUUGUAUGAAGAGUUAACUAACCUGAUAGAUAUGCUUGUCUGCAAGUUCAAUAAAAGUGCAGAACAUAUAGCGAGAGUCGAUGAUCAGUGGCAUCAAAUUCAUUUAUUAAAAUGGAAUGAAACUAGAAACACAAGAAAGUUUUGGAUGGAAGUAUUGCAAUUCAAAGACACUCAAGGAGAACCGAGGUUUAAGGAAUUGGCGACUUUUGCGAUUACUCUCCUAAUACUACCUCAUUCUAAUGCCGAUGUUGAGAGACUAUUUAGCAGCAUGAAUGUAAUAAAGAACAAGGAGAGAAAUAGAAUGAAGUUAAAUCUUUUAUCUGCUAUUUUGAGAAUACGUUGUUGUUUGAGGUUGGAAGAAAAAUGCUGCAAUGAUUAUAAAAUUCCAGAAGCCGUUGUCAAACAAAUCGGUACCAAAGAAUCAUAUCAAUCUGAAAUGGAAGAUUAUGGUGCAAGCAAAAAUGAUUCGUCUGAAGAAGACGAAUUAAUUUAG